AUGCGAGGGAAGUGCACCGCGACGGAGCGUCGCCCCGCCCUCAGCCUGCAGGGGAAUGUACACCCACAAAAUAUAUGGUCGAGACACCACCAAACACACAUGCCCUUCCAUGCACCAAUAAAUAGGAGCGAAGGUGCGUUCUGGUGCGUGGGAGUCCACUCACAUAUUUUCAUUUCCACCGCAAUCAACGGUGAGGAGCCAGGUGCCACAGCAACGAAAACGAACAUCUAUUGCAGCACUUUACCAGCGAGAAGCAGGAACGACAUAAACCGAAUUAUUGGCUGCACCACCAUAGGAAACAUUCACAAGAGGAAAAAAAAUUUAAUUGUGCACCCUGCAGCAAUUCCCAACACACGAUCCAGGCAUGAAGGUUUGCUCUCUGAAAAAAUGAAAAAAAGCAUGAAAACAUCUGCCAACAUCCAAACAGAAACACAAAUAAAUGUUUGCUUGCUUUAUGCCAUUCACUGCGCUUAUUUUUGCGCGUGCGGCCGCUGCGGUGGUGGCCGGCCUGCAUGA